GAUACAAACUGAGAGACUACGGCUGCUGUGAUUGGGCGCGGAGUUUUGAAGCAGGGAGUCAGAGGAGGCGAGAGAGUAGACGGCAUUUAACAAUACAGGGAGGAUAUAUAAUACCGUUUAUUUUUGGAUUGUUAUGGUGACAUUGUAGUAUUUAUUUUCUUUUAUAAUAUUAAUAGUCUGAUAGAUCGAUCUGAUAUUGUUUGUCAAGACAGUAUUGUGUAAAUACCAUCGGGUUCUGUUCCGUUUAAUUAAAACAAAACAAAUAAUGUUUCUACAUAUUGUUAUGGAAUGCUAUUUUCUUUUAACACAUUUUACAUCUUGAUUGUCUCUUAAUACAUCUCUCUCUCUCUCUCUCUCUCUCUCUCUCUCUCUCUCUCUCUCGUAGUAUGGAAGCUGAAUCACGUCAUGAACCACGAACUGGUGUCAAGUAAACUAGCCAUGUCAACAGUAAACGAGCCUAUGAAAAGUGAUGAGUAUUAUUAGUAUUAUAUAUAAAAUGUAAAACAAGGUACUGCAUAUAAACGUCUAAAGCAGCCGUAGCGUCUCGGCUUGUAUCCAAUCUCAGUUGAAAUCACACUAUCGUCGCUCCCCAUCAUCAUUGGGGCGUGUCUCUUCAGGAAUACUGGUAUUAAAAAAAAAUGCCGCAAACCGGUGUUCUGCCAGUUUUUGCUUCCUUCGAGAACUGCGCAUGCUCUUUUGCUACCUUGGUACACUGCGCAUGCUCAGCACACAUACCAUGCCAGAAAUAACUACGCAACCCUACCAAGAGAAGAAAAAGAUUUAGAAGAAUGGAGCAAAAAGUUGAAGCUGUUUAUAACUACCUGCAAAAAAAAGAUUACCCAGAUCAUUUUACGAAAUAUCAACGGCAGAAUCUCAGGCGUCUCGCUUCAAGGUAUACUUUAGAAGAAAACACGUUAUACCAUUAUACCAAGGGUGUGAAACAGAGAGUGGUGACAACGGUCUCCGAGGCCUUGGAAUUAUUCAGAGAAUUCCACCACUCUGCUGUGGGAGGCCACAGUGGAAUUAAAAAAACAAGACAUGCUUUCACAUCAAGAUUCUACUGGCCAGGAAUGUCAAAAGACAUUGAAGACUGGAUUUCAAAGUGCAGUAAAUGCCAGAAAGUGGGGAAGUUACUGCACGUUGAUACCCAGUUACAGAGAGUCAAGGGCCCCCUUUGGGACGUGGGGCCCCGGAGACAUUUACCCGUCCUCCCUGUCCUCUCGCUGGGCCUGGGUGUGGACACAGGUUUGCUACAGAAAAGAAUAUCAUCGCCCGAAAUUAUAAAACAAGAAACAGCCCCCCUGUCACCAGGUCCAGUCACAGCAAUUCCCCCAGGGACAGGAGAGCAGUCGCUCGAGGGGCACAGCACAUCAGAAGACACUGAGGUGGGAUGUGUUGCUGGAAGAACAGAUGGAAGCAGAGAGAUGCAGUUCCUAAGUAAUAUGGAACAAGAUGGAAAGAUUAAUAGGGUGAUUACAGACCCUGAGUCACCUCCUGCAUACUGGUACAAGAGAAACCCCAAAACUCCACCAUUAAAUGAACCCAACCAGGGUCAACCAAAUCCAGGGAGCUACAGGAUCAGCCAUCGAGCUCACCCAGUCACCGAGGAGCAGCGUUCGUCAACGCCCCAGGUGUCCAAGAUUGACAUUCUGGAAGGCCAGCAAAGGCAGCUGCAAGAGAUCCAGGCUGUCCGGGCCGAACUAGGCCAGCUGCGAAGCGUUGUUGAUAAUCGACUAAAGGAGCUGACCUCCAGUGUCUUGGAAGUGGCUAACAUAUUACGCCAGCUCAUUCCCACCACUGCCCAGCACGCUUGCCCAGCACAGAAGGGGGAACCCCCAUGUGUGGGUGGCUUUCUUGACAGGGGGAUACCUCCUGAGCAGCAGGGAUGGGUCAGAGUGUCUUUCCCAGGCACAGAGGAGACAUCUGCCCAGGCGAAUGGAGAGAGGGCAAGAAUCACUGCCACUCUACCAGUACCAGAAAUUAACAGGCUUACUGGAUCGCCUUCUAAGAAAAUGAAAAGAGAAACUUAAAUACCAUUUCAUAAUUGAGCCUACCAGAACAUUUUUUAUGUAUUUAUUUGUUUUAAUUUAUUGUUUUCAUGACCUUGAAUCUCAGUAUAUAAUGUUUUUUUUAUUUAUUUUUUUAUUAUUCGAAACGUAUAUUUAUGUUUUUAAAAGAAAACUUCACAAAGGUUUAUUGAAGCAGUAUACAUUUAUGGUUGUUCCUCUAUUAUAGUGAUACGCCUUUUGUUGUAGAGUGUAAUGUUGUACAUUUAAACACAUAACCUUUUUAAGUUAUUGUUAAAUGGAAUGGCUAUCUCUUAGUUUCCCUUCAGAUGUUGCCUGCCUCAAUGGGAUUGAUGUUAAUUUAAUUAAAUAUUUUGGCUCUGAUGAAUGUAAAAUGAAACAAGUUACUGGGUGUAACAGAACUGUUGUAUAGCCUACAGUGUGCCAGAUAUUUCAAUUUGAAAUAUCACUAGUUUCUUUCCUCUCACAAGCAUUGUUUCUAAAAUAAAAUAAAAUAAAAACUAAGAACCUGACAAUUCUGACAGUUAUGAACAUGUUUGUUAGAAAUAAAGUGUUACACCAGUA